AUGGCUUCAACUAGAUCUAAUGCCAGAUUAAUUAGAUUUGGAAUAUUUGCUUUAAUUUUAAUUGGAUGUGGUUAUAUAUUAACUAGAGGGUCAUCAUUUGAACCACCAACAAAUAUUCAAAAAGAUUCAACUACAAAUGUUAAACCUCCUUCACAACAACAAACUCAACCAGAAACUCUAGAUCGACAACCUAUAAAUCAAGGUGAAAACAUAGUUCAAGGUGGUAAACAAAGAGGUCCAUUGCCAAAAGCAUAUUCUGUAGAUGGCCAACCGCAACCAAUUCCUCAAAUUGAUAUUUCAGAUAAUUAUAAUGUUGCAACAGAUAAAGUUAAAGCUACAUUUGUUUCAUUGGCAAGAAAUUCAGAUUUAUUUUCAUUAGCUGAAUCAAUUAGACAAGUUGAAGAUAGAUUUAAUAAAAAUUAUCAUUAUGAUUGGGUUUUUCUUAAUGAAGAAGAAUUUAAUCAAGAAUUUAAAGAUACUGUUAGUGCAUUAGUUUCAGGUAAAGCUAAAUUUGGUUUGAUUCCAAAAGAACAUUGGUCAUAUCCUGCGUGGAUUGAUCAAGAAAAAGCGGCAUUAGUUAGAGAAGAAAUGACUAGAAAGAAGAUUAUUUAUGGACAUUCAGAAUCUUAUAGACAUAUGUGUAGAUUUGAAAGUGGUUUCUUUUGGAGACAGGAAAUUUUAAAAGAAUAUGAAUAUUAUUGGAGAGUUGAACCAGAUAUUAAAAUUUACUGUGAUGUAAAUUAUGAUAUUUUCAAAUGGAUGAAAGAUAAUGGUAAAGAAUAUAGUUUUACAAUUUCAUUACCAGAAUAUAAAGAAACAAUUCCAACUUUAUGGCAAACUACAAAAGAAUUUAUUGAAGCAAAUCCAAAAUAUUUAGCUCAAAAUAAUUUAUUAGAUUGGAUUUCAGAUGAUAAAGGUCAAACAUAUAAUGGAUGUCAUUUCUGGUCAAAUUUUGAAAUUGCAAGUUUAAAUUUUUGGAGAUCAGAAGGAUAUCAAAAAUAUUUUGAAUAUUUAGAUAAAGCUGGUGGAUUCUUUUACGAAAGAUGGGGUGAUGCACCAGUUCAUUCAAUUGCAGCUGCUUUAUUUUUACCAAGAGAAAAAGUUCAUUUUUUUGAAGAUGUUGGAUAUUUCCAUGUUCCUUUUACAAAUUGUCCAGUUAAUAAAGAAACAAGAUUGAGUAGAAAUUGUAAUUGUAAUCCAGAUAAAGAUUUCACAUGGAGAGGUUAUAGUUGUACAACUAAAUAUUAUACUGUUAAUAAUUUUAAAAGACCAAAAGGUUGGGAACAAUAUACUGCUUAA